UGAACUUGAAAGGUCGCCGUCGUACACCAUCAUCAUCUCCUCGCUGGCCCAUGUCCCCUACGCGGUAGAGACGCUUACUCUACCUGCAUACCACUUCGACUGUACCACUAGCCCAUCUGCCACGUGUCCGAGAUAUCUCAGCGAAGUGCCAGUGACGAGAUGUCGAUCAGGAAUCGGCUUGUCAACGCCAAGGGUGCUCCGCGCCCUUUGCUUUUGCUCAUAUUCUCCUUGAUUCUCCUCCGCUCUCGCCUGUACACAGGACCAAGAUCAGCAAUACGCAGGUUGAGGGCAACUGCGUCCAAGCAGAACAUCAGCGAGGAGGAGUUAACGCGGGCACUGCAGCAAGUAUACGUGAAGGAUGCGGAUGGAACGACGCGACUUCUUGUACCUCAUGAAGGUCACAUCGAGCAGAUCCCCAUCCGCCCCACGCCCCCAUCUGUCAUCGCUGACAAUGCACGCAACUUCCCUCCCAUCCCUGCCGCACACAAGCCCGGAAUAGACAAGACCUUUCUUAGACAACUGCUCGCCAUCCUUCGCGUCGCAUUACCGACCUACCGCUCCAAAGAGGCCUUCAUCCUCUGCGCACACACCUUCUUCCUCGUCUUCCGCACCAUCCUCAGCGUCGCCGUCGCACGUCUCGAUGGCCGGAUAGUGCGCGACCUCGUCAGCGCGGACGGGAAGGGCUUUCUGAAGGGGCUGGGGCUAUGGUUUGCGCUUGCGGUUCCGAGCACGUACACGAACGUCAUGAUUCGCCACCUCCAAGCGACGCUUUCACUGAGGCUGAGGACACGCCUGACGCGAUACACGGACGACGUGUACCUGUCAUCGUCGCCAGAGUUGCGAUACUAUCGUGUCGCGCUAGAAGGCGGACUGGACGACGUCGACCAGUACAUUACGUCUGAUAUUGCCUCGUUCUGCGACUCUCUCACCGGUAUUUACGGGAACGUCCUGAAGCCCUCUCUAGAUCUCAUCCUCUUCACCUCUCAGCUCUCACGGACCCUCGGAUUUCGAGGCACGUUCCUGCUUGGGCUGAACUACUAUGUCACUGCUAGGAUCCUGCGCGCGGCGACGCCCGCUUUCGGGCGACUGGCUGCGGUCGAGGCUCAGCUCGAAGGAGAGUAUCGCGCCGGGAUGGGGCGUGUUGAUAGGGAGAGCGAGGAGAUUGCCUUUUACAGCGGCGGGCUCCGGGAGAGGAGCAUCCUCUGGAAAGCUUACUUGAGGCUUAUUCGGCAUGUCAACUCCAUCUACAAGAUUCGCAUUGCAUACGAGUGGACGGAGGACUUCGUUAUAAAGUACUUGUGGAGUGCUGCCGGAUACUGUCUCAUUUCCAUCCCCGUCUUCCUCACACGGCGAAGACAUGUCGGCGUACAAGCAGGCAUACCGACGGUCUCAAGGCCCAAUGACGAGGUCGCGAACCGCACCGAAACCUACAUCUCCUCCCGCCGCCUGCUCCUCUCCCUCGCCGACGCAGGCGGACGCGUCAUGUACGCUUACAAAGACCUGCUCGAGCUCGCGGGGCUCACCACGCGUCUCUACUCCCUCCUCGCAACCCUACACAACCUGCCUCCUCUCCCGCCCACAUCCGACGCCGCGCAUGAGGACCGCAUCGAGCUCAGGGACGUCGACGUCGGCAUACCCAGCGUCUCGCCCGCCGUCAUCGCCGGGGUGCCAGAGAAGACUGGGUCGUCGUGGAUCCUGGUUAAGGACCUGUCGCUGGUGCUCCGCCAGGGCGAGCACUUGAUGAUCACGGGGAGCAACGGCGUCGGAAAGACUGCUGUAGCGAGGGUCCUCGCGGGCCUCUGGGCAGCGCAGGGCGGCGGAGAGGUGAAGCGUCCCGCGGGGAAGCAGGGCGUGUUUAUCGUCCCGCAGAGAGCGUACAUGGUGACUGGGUCCCUACUGGAUCAGAUCAUCUACCCGCACUCGUAUCCGGAGUUCUUGGAGUCGGGCAAGACGGAGCAGGACCUGAUGGACAUCUUGGCCGCGGCGAACCUUGCGUACUUGCCCGCUCGGGAGGGAGGCUGGUCCACGAGGAAGGAGUGGCGCGAUGUGCUGAGUGGCGGCGAGAAGCAGCGGAUGGGCCUUGCGCGAGUGUUCUACCACAUGCCGAAGUUCGCGGUCCUUGAUGAGUGCACAAGCGCCGUCUCCAGCGACGUCGAAGGGCGGAUGUAUGAGCAUGCAAAGUCGCUCGGCAUAACGCUCAUCACCAUCUCGCUGCGCCCGUCGCUGAUGCGUUAUCACACACAGCUGCUCACGCUCGCGGGGGACGGCACGGGAAGGUGGACGUUGACGCGCAUCGGCACCGCGGAGGAGCGCAUGGGCAUCGACCGCGAGGUCAUCACGCUCGAGAGCAAGCUCGCGGAGGUUGAACAGUGGGAGGCACGCGUUCAGGAGCUAAACCAGAUGCUUUCUGUGCAGGAGCAGUGAUUGAGGAUACUGUAUGGAUAUCGGGUUUUGUCGAUGUAUUGCAAUCGAUAUUGUGGAGUAGACAAUGUGUUACAUGGGAAACCGCCGAAGCCAUGGCUUCGGACUGUUAAUAAGUACAAUGACGAUGGGGACAGCUAAAAGACUCGAGUACAGUAGGCAGAUGAGGGUC